AAAUAAAAUAAAAUUUAAAUGUUUGUAUUAUUAUUUAAAAAAUAAUAAUACUACAAAUAUAAAAAAAAAAGGGUGAGUGGAAGUUCUUAAAAUUCAAAUAAAGAAAAAAUAAAAAGAAGUCAUAAUUUGACACACUAUAGAAAACUCUUUCUAUUUAUCAAACACAAAGAUACUAAGCAGUAAAAGUUAUAAUAUGAGGAAGUGGAGUAAAGAAAAAAUAAAAAGAAGUCAUAAUUUGACACACUAUAGAAAACUCUUUCUAUUUAUCAAACACAAAGAUACUAAGCAGUAAAAGUUAUAAUAUGAGGAAGUGGAGUAAGGUACCUAUCAUCUAAUUUUCUCUAUAUGCCAAUGAGGCUAAGAACAAUUAGAAUUGACUUUGAGCCAAAAUCACACUCUCUUCUUUUUCCUCUGCAUAUGAUUAAGUAUCACAAUGUGUGAAAUAAUAAAAAAAUCAAUUAAAUAUCACACCCUCUUUUUUACUUGUUCAUGUAAUGUGACCAGUGGCGCUGGCCUUGCGAGCACAGUGGCCCAGCAAAGAUUUGAACCUUGGUGGUCGCUUCACCAACGAAAUGUUUUAACUGCGACACUACAUGUCCGAAGACAAAUAUCACAAAUAAGUUAUUUGAAAUAAUAAUUUUUAUUUUUUAUUUUAAAUUGACUUUCUUAACGUCAUUUAUCAAAUAAUUGAGAUUGAGAGUAUAUAGGGUCAAAUGUCUAUCAGCAACGCUGGAUAGACAUUGUCACGCUGGAUAGACGUUGCCUAGGGAAAAAUUGUCGUCCAAACAAAUGAAUUAUUGUCCUCGUAUUUGGCCACCUAAGAGUCUUCUGAUGUCGAUUGUGCAUUAAAUACAAUCAAAAUGAUUAGACGGGCUAUGAAUAAUUGAAGAAUCCCGAUUCCCAUAGGUUUCUCUGCCAAACAAGCAGCUGUCGUUCCCCAUAACUGGUUUUCCAUUGUACCCACGGGCUGUCCUGUAAACCAUCAUCUUAUAUAUACAUAAGCAAAAGUUCAAAGCCUUAGAUUUCAAAGUAAUGGAGAAAAUUGAACAAAGCCUUAGAUUUCAAAGUAAUGGAGAAAAUUGAACAAGUAUCGGAAGAUAAAGUGAUGAAUGUUGUAGUUGCGGUAGAUGCGAGCCAAGAGAGUAUGCGUGCCUGUGAAUGGGCUUGCAAGAAUCUGUUGCCCACUCAUACAAAUUUUCAACACUGCUAUAAAUUCGUGCUGCUUCAUGUUCAGCCCCCUGUUUCUGUUACUUGUGGCCCUGCAUACAUUUUGAGCAGCGAGGUGUUUUACCUCGUUGAAUGUGAAGAACUGAGGACUACCACAAGAUAUUCAAGCAAGCUCUGGAUAUCUGCAAUCGUUAUAAUGUGAGGGAAGAAACCCAUGUUGUGAUUGGGGAGUCGAUCAGGUAAUAUAUUCUUUAUAUAAUGGGGUUGCAAGCUAAGUGGGUUUAACUUUGGAGGGAAUUCCGUGGUUAAGCGCGUUUGAGUAGUAUUGGGAUGGGUGACCUCCCCGGAAGUCCCAAUGCUUCACCCCUGUGCAAUGAGUGCUAAGUGGACCAUUCGUUCUCAAGAUGGGUUCUUGUGAACCACUACUCAUGAAAUAUGGGUCAAUGAGUUUGACUCAAAAACUACACAGUUGAACCCUGAUAGCAAUAUCAUAAUUUGACUUGCUGUAAAAAAAAUACUUCCUACAUAUCAAUACUCCCUAUAUCAUUGUCUAGAAAAAAGAGGUCAUUUCAAUACCCAUUCAAGAUAUUUUGCAGAUAAGCUGACCAUUGAUUUUUUUGAUGGA